UCGAGUGUGUUGCAUCGUUCCAUCCCCCCUCCCGUUAUCACAACAAACUCUCUCUCUCUCUCUCUGUCUUCUCUUAACUCACGUAGUCGUUUUCAUUCUCUUCAGACAGUUUUUGUUUUGACACACAGUUUAGAAUUGGCUGGACCUUUUGGUUGGAACUUCGAAAUUCCCCCAAGUGUUUCUUUCUUCAGGGAGGGGGUUGAAUUUUCGUGCUGAUUCAUGUUCGCCAAUCGCAAGACAAUGAAGUCGUCUUGGCGUUUAACAGUGGUUGUGUGUACCUUGUUGGCGCUGACUGUAGGCGCACGAGCCUUGACACUCGACGAUGAUUACGACGAAGAGGAGCUGCUGAUUGCCGAGGCCCUUAAAGGCAGCGUCGAAGAGGUCUCGAGCAGACGACCGUCCUCGGCCAAUCGCGGACAGCAGAGGAGAGUGUUCUCAUCGGGAGAAGAUGAACAGCUGAUCAGCAUCCCGCCCGUCCUCGUGACCAACUGGGGACUGGCUCUGGUCGAUGGAGCCGAGAUUAAGAAGGUGUUGGACGAGGAGAAUGACAUUGGCAUCUCGUUUGAAGAACUCAGCCAAUUCCAGCUGGAAUUCGGUAAGAGGACGGACAACACCAAGAAGCGCAAAGGCAAUCUGUUCAACCCGCCCGGAUCACAGGUAAAACCUAGCAAUCCCAAGGAUCAAAUCAACACCAUCAUCCGUACGAAACCCAAGGCUAAAUUGAACAUCACCGCUGCUGCCUUGCUGGAAGAGACGGACAACAUUCGCCAGCCGCAAUUCUUGCGCAAAAUCACCGACAGUGCCAAGAACACGGGAGUCAAUGAAUUAAAGGCCAUCGAAGUUGAGAGCAUCAAACCGACCGUCACUGUCAAACCGACCGUCACAGUCAAACCGGACAUUUCCGACGAGUUUUCCAAGUUCCUUGAUCAAGAAGAAUCAACAUCGACCACCACAACAACAACAACAACAACAACAACGGAAAAUCCAUCGACUUUGUUCCCGACAUUCCCUCGCAAUCGAGUCAGAACAACAACAACAACAAUUGCUCCUACAACUGUGGAAGUUGUGAAGAAUGUUCCAGUCGAUCGAGUCAGAACAACAACAACAACAGUUGCCCCGACGACUGUUGAAGUUGUGACGGAUGUUCCAGUCGAAGAAGUGGCGGCCAGUACAACAACUGAGACCACACCGUUCACGACAAUUUCAUCUACUACAUUCGAACCUGUGACAUCCACCACUCGAUUCCCGCCACGCAGCAGCACGCCGAUGAAUCCAUCGAUCUUUGCACGCAGUUCUUUCUCACCGAUCACGUUCUCUUUGACGACCGAAAAGGCUUCUGUUCCAUUAACAACAGUCGAUUCGAUCGUCACGGAGGGAUCUGUUACAACCACAUCGAUCCCAACAACAACUAACGAAGAGGACGAAAUCACUGAAGAUGAUAAUGAAGAUCCUGAAACGGUAUCCGAAGCUGCCAUCGUCAAUGGUUUCGAAUCGAGCAGAGAGGGCGGAACAGGCCGCGUGAAAGAAACAGGAUCCCGAUUGUUCGGUUCGGGACGUGUCAGAAGCACCACCGCAGCAACAACAACAACAACAACAACAGCCCAAACAUCAGAAGAUCCUGUCGUCCAAGUUACAACGUCUGAGACGAAGACAGAAGAAACUCCAGCUGUUACAACAACAGAAACAUUGACAACAUCUACGGAAUCAUCGUCCACAGCUUCGGUUCUUGUUACGGAUUCUACGGUUGACCUUUCCAAACCGUUUACGUUCACCAUCGUCACGCCGGAGAAGACGACCGUCACGAUCACGAGGACCCCACCGCCAUCAUCUUCAUCGAAGACGACCCCAACUGUCACAGCCGAGGCUUUUGCUGCGGCUGUUUCGGCUUCGAUCAACGGAGGAACAUCGACGACCACGACGCCUCCUGUCGUUAGAACAGCUCCAAUUAAUAGCCGGAGCAGAGUGAGGCCAGUGACUGGAAAUCGAGCUGAUCAAAUUAUUCGCACGAUCGGUAGUGUCUUCGGGACUAACAACGCCGCAGGCACCAACACCAACUCUUCUUCGAGACGCACGAGACCGAUCAAUCGCAACAUUUUCAACACGGUCACCGAUGCGACAACGACAACCACAUCGACGGAAGCCGUAACUACAUCCAGCGAACAACCAAACGUUCAGACCACUUCUAAUGUUGUUGCUGAAUCAACAACAAUUGCAGAGACUACGACGGAGAACCAAGUUUCAUCGACCCCAUCGAUCGCACUGUCUUUUUCUUUUAACCGUCGAAGGCCAACAACAACAGAAGCUCCGACAACAACGGAAAGCUCAACAACUAUUACAACAACAGAAGCAGAGAAAGAUAAGAAGGAGGAUGCAUCUCUCGACGAAGUCCUUGGUAUCGACGCAGAAGCCAUUGUCAACAAACGAGUUCGACCCAUCAACCGUAACAUUUUCAACCGAGUUACGAACCCAACAACAACAACAACCACUGCAACUGUUCAGAUUGAUGAGACAACUUUAGAAUCAACCACCGAAGCUCGAACGUCCAUCCCAACAACAUCAGCAGCGCCGAGGGCUAGACCCCAGGCUGUUCGAUCAACGACUCAAUCGAUUUUCGAUUCGUUUUUUACAACAACAACAACCGAAUCGAGCGAAUCUACCAGCGUGGAGAACAUCAUCGUAGCCACGGAGUCUGAAGUGAAAUCAACUGACGCCCCGACUACCGUGAUUACAUCUACGACCACAACCGAGUCUCCGACCACAGUUACUAGCACGACAGAGGCAUCAACGACAUCUACAACAACAGCAACAGUCGAACCAUCUUCUACACGUCGUGGAGGUAAUCGAAGAAUCGGAGGGCGUAGGCCUACGGUUGCUAGCGUGACAUCAACAACUGCUGCAUCCGUGGCCAUCAAUGAAAUUCCCGUUGCAGUCGUUCAAGGAGGUCAAUCAUUCGGCGGCCGACGUCCUGGAGCUAUUCGCAGGAGACCAACAUCAACAACGGCCCGAUCUGUAGAAGACGUUGCAGUUGAAAAUCAGGUAUCUAUCUCAACUCCAACUGUGGUUGUAUCUCUCCCCAAUAACCGAAGAAGGCCAUCAACAACAACUGAAAGCCCGACCACGGUGAAGGUCGACCUGACCACGACGACCGUCGCCCCGGUUCUGGUACAAGAACCCGUCACUACCCCAAUCCCGCAAGAAGUGAACGUCGUGACAACGACUGAGCCCGUUUCGAGGCCGACAACAACAACAACAACCACAACAACAACCACAGCUGAGCCUUCUACGACCACCGUCGAAGCGGCUGUUCCGACCGAAAGCACUUCAAUCAGCACAGCGGGCGGCCAAGAAGGCAACGUCACCGAUAGCCAAUCAACGGAGACCCCCAAAAGUGUAGUUUCUCUUUUCGCCGGUAGAAGAAGAACAACCGCUGUUCCCAGCACGACCGCCGCCGCCACUGACGCUGUUCAAUUGAUUACAACAACGACAACAACCGCAGUUCCAGCCAUUGCUGUCACAGCUCGUCUGGGAAUUAGAGGAAGGCCGACUGUUUCCACCGUUGCCACGACGACCGCUGCUUCCAUCGCAGAAGUCACUAGCGAAUCGAGUUCGACGACGGUCCGUGCCAACAAUGGCGGUGGAAUUGCUUCUCUCUUUGGCGGUCGAAGGAGGACGACAACGGCCAGUCCCGUCGUUAGCGAGGCUCCAAUUCAAGCGGAGAAUACCGGAACAGGAUCAGCCGCAGUGGCUAAUUUAAUUAGCGCUAGACGGCCAGGAUCUGGACGGACGACUACCACGCGAACGACAACGACCACUCGCGAUGUGUUCAUCGAUUCGGCUGAGCAAUUGCUGGACGAGGAGAUCAACGACAACAUCGAUAUCUUCGACGAUGAAGAUGUUGUGGAGGAAGAAGAGAAUUUCUCAGUGGAAUCGUUUGGCAUUUCAUCGAACUCUUUCGGGGGUAGGAGGAGGCCCAGCAGCACGGCCGCGCCCAUCUCCACGACGGGAUUGACAGGUUUAUUGAGCGGAAGACGGCCAGGAGGUGGCCGUAGGAUCGAUACGAGCGUCCCAGCUAUUCAGGCUAUUGAGACGACAACUCAACAACAGACAUCGACUGAAGCAGCGCCCGCUAUUGGUGGACUGGCCAGUCUUUUAGCUCGAAGGCCUACAGCUAGAACUACAACAACAACCGAAGCUCCAGUCCUAACUGAAUCGAACGAUGGAAUAGGAUCAGCUGCAGUGGCCAGCAUCAUUAGCGGUAGAAGGCCAGGAACUGGACGAACGACAACUGCCAGACCUGAUGAUCAGGCAACGCCUGGAACAUCGAACGACAUUCCAGUGACAACUAACUCAACGAAUGGAAUUGCCGGGCUUUUUGGUGGUCGAAGACCUGGUGCUGGCCGGACAACAACAGCCCGCGCCAUCACCGAAUCGCAAAAUGGCACAGAAAUAGAAGCUGCUGCUCCAGUUGCUCCAGCUGCUCCAGUUGCCACAACGAACAAUACCUUGGCCAGUCUGGUGAGCGGACGUCGGCCAGGUGUCCGACCUACUACGACAACCAUUGCACCUCUACUGGUCAUUGAAUCAAACGAUGAAGCAUCGGACGAUGAGACCCCAACGACCGUCACUACCCCAACUGAGACCGUUGAAACUCCAUCCACUCCAGGUGGAUUGGCCGGCCUUUUAGCUCGUCGACCGUCUGUCAGAACAACAACAACAACCGAGGCUCCGGUGCGAAUUGAAUCGAACGCUGGAACAGGAUCAGCUGCAGUGGCCAGUAUCAUCAGUGGACGACGGCCUGGAACUCGGACAACCACUGCCCGUUCAGUGGCCAGUGAAUCGUCCAGCGUUGCUGAAAUCGAACAGAAUCCAUCGGCUUCGAAUGCAACUACCGAAGCCACCGUCGCAUCCACCAAUGGAUUAGCCGGAUUACUUGCCAGACGGCCGGCCAGACCAACUACAACGACGACCACCACAUCGCAGCCGGUUGAAGAAACAACAACGAUCCGUCUAACACCUACGAGACCUCCAGCUAACCGCUUCCGUCCACUUGCCUCGUCUACCACACCGGAAACUCUGGUGGAAGUCGAACUUCCGGCUCUUUCCGCCCGUACGACUCGACUCUUGAGAAAUCGUACAUCUAACACGCCGGAAGUGAAUGGGGUUUCCAUUCAAGCCCAACAAAUUGGCGAGAGGAUCAGAUCGAGAGGCAGGUCGGCCAGUUCGGGACUUGCCAGCACGACUUCAACUGCCAGUAGCACGACGGUCACGGAGGCGACAACAUCAACAACAGAGGUAGCAAUCACGACGACCACAUCUGCUCCUGUUACAACCAUUCAAACGGUAGCGGAUGUGACCGUAGCGCAGCAGCAAGAGUCAACAACAGGUGCGCCGACGUUGAUUGAAACGAGCGGCCCAGUCGUCACCGAAGUGCCGGAUGAUUCUUCAAUCACCCUCUUCCCGGAGGGCGCCAUCGUGUUGGGUUUCUCUUCUUCGACGGAAAUCAGUGAGGUCAUCCAGAUUGUGGGCGAAUUGCCACCGCGUGCGUCACGCAACGUCAGCAAUGGCGGCAACAGUAAUCAAACGCCGCAAUGAUGGUGGUGUCUGGUGGUACUGAUGGUAGGACUAGUGAUUUCGUAUUAAAGAUAUGUAGAAUUAAAGAAAUGCAAAGGAAAGGGGCGAUGAGAGGGUGUGAAAAACAAAAUCCACAGUACCAUCUGUGAUGAGGUUUGACGAUGUAAAGCUCUAAUUAUCUUUAAGUGACUUGUCGGCUGUAUAUAUGGGUGUGUAAUAAUAAAAAAACCUUUGCGUAUUCUUCAAUCCUUACGAUGCAAAUACAAUUCUGAUAGAAAAAUAACAACACGUAGUCUUUUCUACUAACUCAAUAUUUCGUUUUUUUAUUUUUGUCUCGCUGGUAUUCAAUUUUCUUUUGAUUUAUUAAACGCAAUGAUUCGAUUAGCUCAUGUUGAAACCCAUUUCCAUAUUUUUUGAGCGAUGAUGAAUGAAAUUUGUCGUUUUGCUCGUUUCUAUUUUUCCGGCUCAACAUUCAUUUUGUGUUUCUCUUUAACCAGUACAGUAUUUUAUUAUUUUCUAAAUAGUAUUAGCACAUUUGUAUACAAAA